CCAGCAGCGCAGCAUGCACUGGGGGAUUGGCUUUGCCUCGUCCAGGUCGUGUGUGGUGGAUUUGAGCCGGAACCAGAGCAUCUCCUUCGGCUUGUGGGCCGGAUCUGAGGAGCCCUAUACCUUUUAUGGGGACAUCAUCGCUUUCCCUUUGCAGGAUUACGGAGGGAUCAUGGCAGGGUUGGGUUCGGAUUCCUGGUGGAAGAAAACCCUGUACUUGACUGGGGGAGCCCUGCUGGCUGCAGCGGCGUACCUGCUCCACGAGCUCCUGGCCAUUAGGAAAGAGCAAGAGGUUGACUCCAAAGAUGCUAUUAUUUUGCAUCAAUUCUCAAGGCCAAACAAUGGUGUCCCCAGUUUGUCUCCUUUCUGUUUGAAAAUGGAAACUUAUUUAAGGAUGGCCGACUUACCUUACCAGAACUAUUUUGAUGGAAAACUUUCCCCUCAAGGAAAAAUGCCUUGGAUUGAAUACAAUCAGGAAAAAGUGUCCGGUACAGAAUUCAUCAUUGACUUUUUGGAAGAGAAACUUGGAGUGAACUUAAAUAAAAACCUUGGCCCCCAUGAAAGAGCAGUGUCUCGAGCUGUGACCAAGAUGGUGGAAGAGCAUUUCUAUUGGACAUUAGCCUAUUGUCAGUGGGUGGACAAUCUCCAUGAGACCCAGAAGAUGCUUUCUCUCAGUGGUCCCUUUAGUGACCUGCUCAAGUGGAUUCUCUGCCACCUAACGAAAGGCAUUGUGAAGCGUGAAAUGUAUGGCCAUGGCAUUGGUCGCUUCUCUGAGGAAGAAAUCUACAUGCUGAUGGAGAAAGACAUGCGAUCUUUAGCAGGUCUUUUGGGUGAUAAAAAAUACAUCAUGGGACCAAAAUUUUCCACUCUUGAUGCUACUGUCUUUGGACACUUGGCACAGGCAAUGUGGACCUUACCAGGGACAAGGCCUGAAAGACUAAUCAAAGGAGAACUGAUUAAUCUUGCCAUGUAUUGUGAAAGAAUAAGAAGGAAAUUCUGGCCUGAGUGGCACCAUGAUGAUGAUAACACCAUCUAUGAAUCUGAGGAAAGCAGUGAAGGCAGCAAGACGCACACCCCACUGCCGGAUUUCAGCUUUUAUUCAAGGACAGAAACCUUUGAUGAUGAAGGGGCAGAGAACAGUAUAUCCCGGACGCCUGACACAGACUUCACUGGGCACUCCCUCUUUGAUUCUGAUGUGGACAUGGAUGACUAUAUAGACCACGAACAAUGCAAAUGAUGUUCAGACUUGCUGGCCCUCCUUUCUCAGAGCUGUCACCUCUUGGGGUCAGUCCAGUGUUCCCAGGUAGAGCACCACACCCUCCAGGGAGGGAGAGCUCCUGGUAUGUGGUACAUACAGUUCUUCCAGGUUAACUGGACUAGGUCAGCCUUAUUUCUUUUCGUAACAAAAGACCAAGACAACAAAGACAAAACCCACAAAUGGUGGAAAACAAAGCUGUUCAGAUGGCUUCAUUUAAAAACACAAAAGGCCAACCAAGUCAGCAUGGUUCCUGAAAUCCAUUUUUGUUUUCAUGAGAAAACUAAUAUCGCAAUCAGUCAGUUUGGGUAGAGCCCUGGGGACAGAGAGAACAGAUGGGCCUACAGGGAAGUACACACACUAAGCCUCUUUUAAAAAGAGGUCAAGGGCUUAGUUGAAAGGGGAGUCCCUGAAAUUCUUGUACCUACUUAUAUUGGAAAUGGGUGUAAGAUGUUAAAAUAGGAGAAUGUAGAAUUGUUGUUUGUUUGUUUGUUUGUUUUUUUUUCCCUGGUGGCUGCUUAUCCUGUGUGUAUAUGAAUUAUAUGUUUCUAGAAGAGGCAUAAAUCAAAUCAACAGAUAUUUAUUGAGCUCCUACUGUGUGCAAAGCACUGUGCUAGGUGCUGAUCAGGAAUAUGCUUCUUCUAAGCUCUGCCAGUGACUCGCUUGGACAAGUCACUUAACUUCUGUGUGCCUCAGUCUCCCCUGUCUAUAAGAAGGGGAUUAAAAUAAUUUCCACCUACCUACCUCACAGGGAUGUUGUGAGGAUUCAUGAGAUAAUAUACAAUAAGGCGCUUUGAACCUUUGGGCAGAAAGGCGCUACAUAGACAUAAAAUAUCAUUUAUCUUUGUGAUUUAUAUGUGUGAGAGAGACACUGAGGGAAGGAAAGGAAAAUAAGUCCAUCAACUGGCCAGUUAGGGUCACCAUUCUAGCAGAUGAAGUAUAUAUACAGGUGAGGGCACUUAUGGCUCCAUCAACCAUCCAUCAUUCCUUUUCUCAACUUUGCUUGAAAUCUUUCUUUGAAAGAAUGCUGCAAAUCACAGGACAGCUGGAAACAUUCUGAUAUUUUUCUGUAUUUCUGAAGAAUAAUGUUCUUUUUCUUGUUUGUCCUCAUAUAGGCUGAAUAUCCUUGUUUCCCCCAUCCCCAGGAAGUUAGGUUGCCAUUUUUUAUUUAGAGGCAGUAAAGCACAGAAAGACCAUGUGUCUAAUGGAAAUGAAGCAGGCAACAUUUUAUGGAUUUGGGUAAUCAGGAUUAUACCUACCAAAAAAAAAAACAUUUCUUUAAAAAAAUACAAAAAACAAACCCAAGACUUUGUGGAAGAUACUGAAAAGUUGCAGUAGAGAGAGAGUCAACUUAUUCAUAUCAGAGCACCUAAACACUCCAAUGAUAGAUAGGUGUUACAUAGUUCUACUAACGUGAUUUUUCUGAUAUUUUGGCCUAUAGCCCAGAGAGGGCAACUGUUGAGGCUAAUGUGGUGUUCUUAAUGAUAUGUUCUCCCCAUAGACUCUGUCUAAAAUGGUGAACUUCAUUGAGAUUUUAAAAAAAGAUAUCUUCUUUUCUGCUAUUGAUAUUUUUGUUGAUUCAUGGGAACAUGAAUUUGAGAAUCUCUGAAUAACAAUCAGGUAAGACCUUAAAGGUCAUUUAAUCACCUCUAGUUAUUGAUUCAGACAGUUUGGGUAGAGAUUAGAAGUUUGGAUGAAUUACUCAGUAGAUCCAGCUCAUAGGGUAGUGCUUGCAUUUGCAAAUUAAUUAACUGCCCUCUUCUUUGGGUUUAUGAAAGGGAUAAAGAUUUUACAAAGCAAUGAUUCUUUUGGGAUUUGGGGGUUGGUAUUUGGGGACAGAGUCUUGUUUCAUGAGACCCAAAUGGUGAUUGCAGACCAACUUCUUUCUUGAAGUUUUAUCUCAAAAAUAGUUUUUGAAAGAAAAUCUUUAGGGAAUUACAGUUUAAUCAUAAAAGGGAAGUGGGAAGAAUAUUUGUGUUUCCAUAAGCAAGGAUUUUAGUGCUUUUCUAAGGCACAUGUAGCUGAAGUCCUGUAAAUAGAAAGAGGAAUGUGCUAAGUGAGGGGGUUUUAUUCUACAAGUAAUUGCCUUCAGGAAUUACUGGAAAGGAUUCUAGGGCUAAUAUCUGAUCAAAAUCAUUCAUAUCUGACAAAACUUAUUUGGUCUUUAUGAAGCAAAUGUAGGAAGGGUAGUUGGAAUCUGGAGUACCAUUGAUUUUACCAAGUGUUUUGAAUCUUUUUUUGGAAGUUUAUUUGAGGGUACUAUUCUCUCAUCGCCCUUCAGAGAAGCCAUGGAAUGUUGUUGGGACAGAUUAGCCUUGGAUAAACUUGACUGAAAUAUGGAUAAACUAUUGACAAGGAAAUAUGAACACAGUGAAUGUAGAAGUGAUACAAAUAUAUUUUAAAACAAUGUCUUACCAUCAAUGGUUUUGGGACCUGCUGUGUCUAUGGCAAAGAAAGAAUUGUCCCUGAGAAUCUAGUCAGUGGUGGGUAACUUUUAGUAUCUGGGCUGGUCAUAAAGUUGUAUGAAAGUUUCUUUACAAUCUGAGGAAGGCAGUGUGGUACAGUGGAAAGGGAAACAAAUUUGAAGUCAGAGAAUUUGGUUAGUCCCAUCACUUAUUGCCUGUGAGCAAGUCAUUAGACCAAUUCAAUUUCCUCUGAAAUAAAAUUUAGUUUUGGACUCAAUGACUUUAGAUGCUUUGAGGUCUAAAUCAAUGAAUCUGUGAAUAGUGCUCCAAGUGUAUGUAUACGUGUGUGACACGUAUGAAGUGCUACUCAUGCACAUACAUGGGCAGUUGGAUACUGUGAACCUCUGUCUAAUUUGGAGUAAAUGGAGAUUCAGUUUCCAAAGAGUGGGUAGAAAACAAAUUUAAUUCAGAUGAUUUGCUCAGGCUAUCCUACAGGAACUUGAAUCAGAAUUUCUCUUUGGGGAACUCAGUGAGAGUUCAUGUCUCUGUAUAUAAUGUUCAUGUAGAUAGAAAUCUGACUGACUACUGGCAAAGAUAACUAUGUAAUGCUUCUGCAAGGUGAAGUCUAAAAUAAAACAAAUAUUCAUAAAGU